AUUACACAAAAUCUGUUUUUCUUUCUUUUUUUAAAAAAAAUUAGCUACUGCAACACCCCGUUAGUGUGCAAUAGAAAAUCACACAACGCAGAUAAACCAGUUUAUGCUAUAUAAGGACAAGUAUUCAAAUUAUAACUGAAGCUUUGAAGAAAAUAAAAUGUUUUUUUAAUAUAAAUAGGCAGUUGUUUAAUUAGGUGCUGUUAAUGGUAUAGUGCAUAUCGUGGCGCACAAUCACACUGACACUGAUCUACCGCCCGCCUCUAUAGCUACAUGCACAAAGGAACGCGCUUAUGGUUAGCAUUGUGGUUGCAAAUAGACAGGGCUGUUGUGCCCUGUAGGUCCCCGAGCUGUGGUGUCGCAGUAUGUUAAGCGUCUUGGGGUAGAUAGGGGACUGGGGAACCAUGUGGCAGGUGUUCUGCUAGAGCUGUGAACAGAAGCCACCUGACGUUAUGCUUUAAUGACCUCCUCUGCUAUCAUGCUUCGGGUUACAUUGCCUGUGUGAACAGGGUUUCAAAUUUUGUGGAAAAGGGUAUUAUACAGAUUUAAGAGGCGUUUAACAGGAUUUAUCUCUAUAGUUAAAAUGUUUUUUAUUGGAGAUGCAUUUAAACUCUGUGUUAUAGUUUUGCCAAGGGCAAAUGGCUCUAUGCUGCCAUGCUGUGAGACUCACUGUUUCUAACCACUGACUCUUCACAGCAUAUUAACACUAAAUAAUUUACAAAUGUGCGCAUCCUUCCUACACAUUUUACUUUACAGUUAAUUCUGUCAGUGAAUGGAGUCAUUGUUUUUGCUGAAUCUUGGGAAGUCAUGCUUGGCCUGUUGCUUGGCAGUGGACCAUAUGUUCACCAGUCCACAGAUUUUGAACCUAUGAGUGCAUCAGUUGUAGGGAACCUUCUGUGUGUCAGCAUAGGGGAAGAAGUGCCAUAAUUGAUUCUGGUAGCAUGAAAUCCUGGGAAUUUGGGAAAUGGUACAUUGUACAUGGCUCUUGUUUUAUGAGCCAUGAAUUUAAGGCAGAUAAAAAUAAUGGAAUGCAUCAGAUUCCAUUUAGUUGUGUGUAUUGUUUAUUACUGUAUAUUGUUUUAAAAGGAAGGGUGGCUUAACACUAUAAUUUGUGCUGUUGUACAUCCACCAUUAUUGCCCUCAAUUUGGAGGAAAAAUAAAGAUGGUUAAAUGUACCUGUCGGCCUGCUAGAUCCCUGCUUUAUCAGGACAGGUGUGUGUGAAGAUAGAAGGAUCACUUAUCUCCGCUUCGGUGUGAAAUGCUUCCAUCGCCAUGCUGUGGAAACGUACUCCAAAAGGCCUUUCCUUUGUUGCUGGCACACAUGGAUCUGAGGGUGACACGCGUUGGUAUGCAGUUGGAUGACAGUCAGGUUCUUUUCUUAGGCUCGGUGUAACAAUGGGAAUCUGUUGCCCGGACAAUAGUCCUUGUAAUUAUUAAAAUGGUAGCUUCUGACUGCUGUAACACACACACACACACACACACACACACACACACACACACACUAUUAUGAAACUAGCACAAGGAGGUGAUUAAGUUUGAAUCCAAGAUUGAAAACCUCAGAAUUCUGAAAGUGUGGAAAAGUGCUGAUGGUGAAGUACUGCUGUUUGACAGGAAAUGUUUUUAUAAUUUAUAAGGGAAACAUAUGUAGCCAGACAAAUUCAUUAUGGGGAAGGCUAAAUUGGACUCAUGCAAACAAAAGGUGGAAUGAAAUUAUUUUUUUAGCAUAAUUCAGUGUAGGGUGAUGCCUAGACAUCUGUAAACAAAGCACUUGGUUAUUUUAAUGUCUGAAUACCAGAUAAAUUUUAAACUUUAAUGAAAACCAUAUAUAUCUUAACAUACUGCUGUAAAUUUUUUCCAACAUUGCUUUAAAUUGGCCUUCCUCCAAAUGAGGAGUAUUGUUAGCCUCUGUGAUGCUGAGGGAAAUGGGAUAGAAUGAGCUCUUUAAAUAAGGGGUUAUUGAAAUGUUGCCCCCUGUGUGUUGUAAGAGUAUGUACAGGGCUGUGUGUGUGUGCAUGCACAUGCAUGUUUAUAGCCCUAUUUACACUUGAUUUUAAAAUGCGUCUUGGGCGAUGGGAUCACACAAACCACUUUCACAAAAACUGUGUGCAGUAACGCAGUCUGAAUGCAGGUGGUCAGUUGGACACCUUGGAGAUGCAUAAUAGACAUAGGUGUAUAUGGCGAAGUAAUUUGGCUGUCUAUUUGUGAUCCCGUCACCCAAGAUGCAUUUUAAAACCAAGUGUAAUUAGGGCCUGUGUGUCUGUGUCUGUUUAAGAUGAACGCACAUUGACGGAUUCCAGUUACAGAUCCCAUGGGAUUACUGGAAGGGUGCCUCUUAAUUAAUGUCAGCGAGAGCUCAGAAAGCCAGAUAUUCUCUUCAACAUAUGUUCUCAUGUUCGGUAGUGCUCUUUAAAUAGCCCCUCAACCAUCCUACGCUCGUUCUAACGGAAUUACUUUUAACCUCUUUUUUUUCCAAUUAGCAAUUUAGGGAAAUUAAUAUAUUAUGUUGUAAUAUAACACAUACGUUUUUAUAUUUAUCCAUUUUAUUUCAUUCAUUGGUUUGUUUAUAUCAUUCCACCUUUCACAGGUGCUCAUUCUGUAGAGUAAUCAAUAAUGAGGAAAUAAUCUGUGGAAUAGUCCUUUAUAGUCCUUGUUUGGGAGUUUCUGGGAGCGUGUGUGUGAGAGAGAGAGAGAGCGAGAGAGAGAGAACUGGGGGACAUGUCUUUCCGUCCCAUAAGGAUAACUUCAAUUUUUUAAAAAAUCUGUAAAUACAGUCAAAAAAUCUAAUUUUGUCUUGUUUGGUUACUUACGGUUAAGGUUAGGUUAGGGUUGGGUAGGAGUAAAGGUUUUCAUUGUUGGGAUUAGGUUUUUGCUGAUAGAAAUCAAUGGAGAGUCCCCAUAAAGAUGUGAGUGUUUGUGUGCGUGCGUGUGCACAUGCACACACACGCUCGUGUGGAGUAUCUUGCUCCAAUUACCACCUUGCUGAAUGCUGAAGUGUUGAAAUACAAGCCGGAGCAAAACGGACCCCAGUGUCAUUGGUUGUGUCAAGGUCACGCAAAGAGCUGCCUCUCCUUUCCUGACCAGUUUGACCGAGGCUCGCUGGGGAGGCCAGCCCUGUUUCUGGACUGUUUGACAUGUUCUUUGACUGGAAGCAGAAUGCCAACGAGGUGAUCGUGAAGCUGCGCUCGGGUGAUGGGAUCACGAGAGUGGAGGACGUCAGCGCAGAUUUCUCAGACACCGCCUGUCAGAUUAAUUUCCCAGAUGGGCGUCAGUGGAGCUGCCACCUGCAUGCAGAGAUUGAGAGUUCCUGCAGCAAGGUACAGUACAAGGAGAAGGGCAGUUACCUGCAGCUGGUCAUGCAGAAGAAGAUCCCCUUUAACUCUUGGCCUUCGCUCACGCGAAACAAAAAGGACGACGAGCCCAUGAAAAUCAAGACGGGCAACAGUAAAGGGCAGGAGUUGAGGAAGCCCAUGCCAGUGGAGGAGGUUGCCCAGUUGGACAAAGGCCCUGGGCAGCCAUCUGCGGUACCCGAGCCCAAAAGAGGCAAGUUGGACCGCAACUUGAAGCGCGCCAAGAACAAGCCAUCUGAGAAAUCUGAACCCGGGGUGAAGGGCACCGGGUUGAUCGUCUCCCUGGGCAAGGUGGACAUCCCCAUUGAACCCAGUGCCAAGCGGACAAGCCGGGCCACCAGGAGCUCCAAGGACACUGGGCUUGGUCUCCCUAGGGAGGCCGCGACAAAGACCUCGGCCUGUACCAGUCCCGACAUCCUGCCGGACCCAGGCACUCCUCAGGGCCAUGACCGCCAGCCAAGGAAGACAAGCGGAGACCAGAGGGGUCUGUCGCCACAGGUGGUAGCACUGGAGGACCGAAAGCCAGGCAGCAAAACUCAGGUGGCAGUUGUGGAGGAGCCAGGCAGACAGGUCCCCCUGACACAGACUAGCCCUGGGGUCUCGGAUCAUAACGAAGCAAACCUUCCACCCUCUGUGGAGAACGGCCACCAGAGGGAGCCCUCUCAAGGGAUGCUGAAGCCAAGCACACAUGGGGAGCAGCCCCCAGACCCUGUACCCACAGAGGUAGAGAUGACUUCAUCAUCCGACAGUCUUGAGGCGGGGAAGCCCGUGGCAGCACAGCCUGAGGUGACCACCUACAAGAAGGACAAGGAUUCCUGCCAGACAGACAUGGAGGAGAAGACAGACAUAUCCAAAGAAGAAUUUGCUCCAGAACCCAUGGUGAACUUGACAUUCGUGAAGAGUGAUUCCUACGAGAAGGGGAACGACCUCAUGGUAGUGAAUGUGUACUUGAAGGCUAUUUGCAGAGAGACGGCCAAGGUGCUAUUCCGAGAGCAGGACUUCACGCUCAUCUUCCAAACCAGUGAUCCAAACUUUUUGCGCCUUCACUCGGACUGUGGACCAAACACUGUCUUUAAGUGGCAGGUGAAACUCAGGAACCUCAUUGACCCUGACCAGUGUACCUAUGCCUUCACGCCGUUGCGCAUCGACAUCACGCUGAAGAAGAGGCACAGCCAGCGCUGGGGGGGCCUGGAGGCCCCAGCCCCACAAGGUGCAGUGGGUGGCGCCAAGGUCGCUGUGCCCUCCGGGCCCGCUUCUCUCGAUAAGAGCCAGCCUGGGGGCAGCCAGCACCCCCUCCCCGCCAAGGAAGAACCCCGGGCCGUGGAGAAUGACAAGCCUGUCCGUACCGAGGACGGGGGACUGGACGGUGUGGCCACUCGCACGGUCGUCGAGCAUGUCCCCAUCAAGCAGGAGCCCCUAGUGGCCACGCCGAAACCGAUGUGCAUGGUGCCGCCCAUGACGCACGCACCGCCCAUGAACAGCGAGCGUGCGGAAGAGGAGGAGGAGAAGAAGGUGUGCCUGCCGGGAUUCACAGGCCUGGUCAACCUCGGCAACACGUGCUUCAUGAACAGCGUCAUCCAGUCGUUGUCCAACACACGGGAGCUGCGGGACUACUUCCACGAUCGCGCCUUCGAAGCCGAGAUCAACUGCAGUAACCCGCUGGGUACAGGCGGCCGACUAGCCAUCGGCUUCGCCGUACUGCUGCGAGCCCUCUGGAAGGGCACCCACCAUGCCUUCCAGCCUUCCAAGCUCAAGGCCAUCGUGGCCAGCAAGGCCAGCCAGUUCACUGGGUAUGCCCAGCAUGACGCUCAGGAGUUUAUGGCGUUCCUGCUGGACGGGCUUCAUGAGGACCUGAACCGCAUCCAGAACAAGCCUUACACCGAGACCGUGGACUCAGACGGGCGGCAGGAUGAGGUUGUGGCUGAGGAGGCCUGGCAGAGGCACAAGCUGAGGAACGACUCCUUCAUUGUGGACCUUUUCCAAGGCCAGUACAAGUCCAAGCUGGUCUGUCCCAUCUGCUCCAAGGUGUCCAUAACAUUUGACCCCUUCCUGUACCUGCCAGUCCCCCUACCUCAAAAGCAGAAAAUCCUGACAGUCUUUUACUUUGCAAAGGAACCUCACAAGACACCCAUCAAGUUCUUGGUGAGUGUCAGCAAAGAGAAUUCCAGCACAGCGGAGGUGUUGGAGUCCAUAUCCAGAAGUGUGCGGGUCAAGCAGGAGAAUCUGCGCUUGGCAGAGGUCUGUAAGAAUCGUUUCAAUCGAAUCUUCCACCCAUCCUUCUCCCUGGAUACGGUCUCUCCCUCGGACAUGCUCCUGUGCUUUGAGGUGCUUUCGAAAGAGCUGGCCAAGGAGCGGGUCGUUAUCCUGCGGGUACAGCAGAGACCACAGGUCCCUAGCCUCCCCAUCAGCAAGUGUGCCGCCUGCCAGAAGCCCCCACAGGGCGAGGAUGAGAAGCUGCGGCGCUGCACGCGAUGCUACCGCGUGGGAUACUGCAAUCAAAUUUGUCAGAAGAAUCACUGGCCUGUGCAUAAGACCCUCUGUCGCCCAAAUGUGGAGAAUGUGGGCCUCCCCUUCCUAGUCAGCAUCCCUGAGUCCCGACUGACCUACUCCCGGCUCAGCCAGCUCCUGCAGGGCUACUCCAGGUACUCCGUAGACGUGUUCCAGCCUCCGUACCAGUCCGGCCGAGUGUCCCCAGAGGCUGGCCAGUACCGCGUGGAUCUGCCCUCUGUGGCGUCAGAGGUCUUGGACGGUGUGGUUCAGGAGGCGGACACAGGGUCUAGCAGCACCAGGGACUCGGAGGAGCUGGAGAACCCCAGCCUGACUUCCAGCACAGCCGCUGAGGCACAGCAGGCUGCGGGACAGUCUGCAGGAAAUCUACACUCCUCCUCCACCUCUUGUUCUCGUACUGUGGACUCAGGUUUCUCAGAGAGCCUGCUGGACUCCCACGAUUCCCUGGCAGAGAAGGAGACGUCAUGCGAGAAGGCUCUUAAGCCAGAAGCUGUGGUGACAGGAUACCAGCAGCCCAGCCUUGAGUCAACAUCUGGUCCCACCUCCCAGUUCUACAUCUCCCUUCUGGACGCCUCCAACAAGGAGCACAAGCUGGAGGACAGGGGUGAUGCGGCCCUGGAUCUUCUAGAGGACUCCACCCUGGAGCUGGUGUGGAAGAACAAUGAGCGGCUGAAGGAAUACGUGCUGGUGAAGUCUAAGGAGCUCGAGUACAUGGAGGACGCUGGGUCGGCCAGUGAGACUGCGCGGGCCGGCCAUUUCACCCUGGAGCAGUGCCUGAACCUCUUCACCAGACCGGAGGUGCUCGCCCCGGAGGAGGCAUGGUACUGUCCCAAGUGCCAGCAGCACAGGGAGGCCUCCAAGCAGCUAAUGCUGUGGCGCCUACCCAAUGUGCUCAUCAUCCAGCUCAAGCGCUUCUCCUUCCGCAGCUUCAUCUGGAGGGACAAAAUCAAUGACAUGGUGGACUUCCCUGUCAGGAACUUGGACCUCAGCAAAUUCUGCAUCGGGCAGAAGGAUGACAGGCAGCACCCACCCAUUUAUGACCUGUAUGCUGUCAUCAAUCAUUACGGCGGCAUGAUUGGGGGGCAUUAUACUGCCUACGCCCGGCUACCCAGCGACAAGAACAGUCAGCGCAGUGACGUGGGUUGGCGGCUCUUCGAUGACAGCACCGUGACCACGGUGGAGGAGAGCCAGGUGGUGACACGCUACGCUUAUGUGCUCUUCUACCGCCGGCGGAACUCUCCUGUGGAGCGGCCCGCGCGCCUGGCCAGCCCCCGGGGGGCGGAGUUGCCCAUAGCCACGGGAGCAGCAGCCAGUCAGGCCUCUCUAAUAUGGCAGGAACUGGAAGAGGACGCAGAAGGAGAAGAGGCGGCGUGGCCAAGCUUGUCGCGUCACAGACUCCAUAGAAGAAGGCCGGAGGGACAGCGGCCGCACCAGGAGCGCCUCUCAGAUUUCUCCGACGACGACUGCGUCAGAUAUUUUGUCCUGGGCACUCUGGCUGCCCUGCUGGCCGCAGUCCUGAACGUGAUUUACCCUUUGGUAGUCAGGGGCAGCUGGGGCCUGUGACACUCACCUCUCCCCUUUCUCCAAGCUGCUGCUUUGCUCACAUAGUGCGCGGCCCCUUUAAAUGCCUUCAAAGUAUCCUGCUCUGUUUGGAAGUACCCAGCCCGGAUAGUGGCAAUUCACCGAAGGCUGCUGCAUCACGGCUUGUCCAGGGUUGGAAAGUUCUGUGGUUUCUCUCUGACACGUUUUACCGUUUAGGAAUCAUGCAGUACAUUUUUGAAGAUUGAUGAGCUGCUCCCUGUGAAUGGUCUGUAAAUUCUACAGCUUGAGCACCACUGCUCAGUCAGUAGAUACUACUUCACACAGUGAAUGUACUGAGUGAUAUCGCUGUUUGUUACUUUCUUGUAAUAGGCCAGUAGCUGCCGGAUUUGCUUUGGCCUUCUGUUGAUUUAGGAUUACCCAUGUUGUGUUGUUCAGAAUGGGGAGCCCUUCAUCGGAAGCAGUACUUCCUAAUCCGGUCCUCGGGGACCCACAGACAUUUUUGCUCCCUACUAGCUCCCAGUAAGGAGCAAAAAUGUGGACUGUCUAGCAGGGAGUUCGGAGGGAGCACAAACAUGGACCGAUUGUGGGUCCCUGAGGACACAGUUGGGAAAGACUGAGCUAAAGAAAUCCUUGUCACAUACUUAAUCAACACAACCUCAGUCUGAGACCUUAAUUGGGACCUUAAUGGGGAACCACAGGUGUGUGUGUGUGUGUGCAUGUGUAUAAACAUAUGGGUGUCUAUACACGUGUAGCUGCUCCAAUCCGUUCACAGUAAUAUCUGUGUCUGCGAGGAACUUACUACAUGUCGCUGCGGUUGCUCGGUGAAAUUCCCCUAACACAUUUUCCAGUCUAACAACCCCCAGGGCCAAAUCAUGUCUAUUUAUUUGUUUGUUUUUAAUUAGUUGAACUUAAAAAUGCAGAACAAUCCAUAGGCAUGUUAAUCAUAUUAAGAUCACUAAACGUAUAAUUUAAUGGGCACUUUUUUUGUUUCAUUGUUUUUAUAGAGGAUAUCAAACUGAAGCGAAUGUGUAACUGAAUGGCAGCUAAGAGUCUGUAAUUUACCCCCAAGGUAAAGAAGAUGUUAGCACUUUUUGUUGUGUCAGGUUCUCUGAUAAAAGCCUGUUCGACCUGCAAUAGUAACUGUUGCUGCUGUUUUUCUCCCCCCAUUUGCCACCUUAAUCUGCUGUAGGCUCUUUGGCAAGAGGUUUUUUUUCUUUCUUAAAAGACAGAUAAAUAUGUAUGUGGUCCA